GUUCCGUCCGCUGGCGGGGCCGGGCGCGAACAUGGAGCGCGGCCACUUGGGGCCGGGCCGGGCCCGCUUCCUGGCCUGCGCCUGCUUCUUCACCGACAACCUCUUCGUGGAGCGCUACGGCCUCCACCUCCGCUACCUCGGCGACCCGGAGCAGCUGCGGAGGGAUCACGGGCCGGCCUUGAGGCAGCGGGGCUGCAGGACCGAGGAAGACUUCGCGGCCGUCCUUCGAGAGGUUGAAAAAGAAGUGCAGAGAAGAAAGGAAUUAGAUCACCGGUCCAGAGAAAGAAAAGCAAUCAUCUCCCAGAACUACAGACCAAAGCAUCCGCAGCUGUAUACUUUACAGGAAUCAUUUCUUGUCCCGGAAUUUUUAGAAACUGUCAAGUACUGCACGUCCAAAAAUGCCAAUCUCCAAGGCCUCCUGCACCGUGUGGAAUCUUUAUCAGAUAAGAGAAUCUACCGAUUACCAAUGUUUACCAAGGAAUUCUGCCAAGCUUUCAUUGGGGAACUGGAACAUUUUGAACAGUCCGAGAUGCCCAAGGGGAGACCCAACUCUAUGAAUAACUAUGGGGUUCUUCUAAAUGAACUUGGAUUGGAUGAAACUUUUGUCACACCUCUGCGGGAAAAAUACUUGCAACCCCUCACAGCACUGCUUUACCCAGACUGUGGGGGUUGCUGCUUGGAUAGCCACAAAGCUUUUGUUGUGAAAUAUGCCUUGCACGAAGACUUGGACUUGCGUACUCAUUAUGACAACGCAGAAGUGACUCUCAACGUCUGCCUGGGGAAAGAGUUCACUGAAGGCAGUCUUUACUUCUCAGAAUUUAGACAGGAUGCCAACCCUGUGCCGAAUUACCUUGAGGUUGACCACGUGCCUUUCUACGGACUGUUCCAUCGGGGAGGGCAGCUACACGGGGCGCUGCCCAUUGCCUCUGGCGAGCGCAGGAAUCUGAUCAUCUGGAUGCGAUCGUCCACUGUCCGCAACCAGCUUUGUCCCAUGUGCAACAGAGAGCCUGACCUCGUUGAAGCUGAAGGAUUUGGAGAUGGGUUCACUAGGAUCCUGGAGGGCAGCCCACCUGCAACCACAGAACUGUGCUUGAUGACAUAGGAAGAUGAUGAUGGAGAAAGGAGAGAAUGUAUCCGGAUUUUAAUAAAUUUUCAAAAUCCUAUUUUAAGGCAUCAAUAGUCUCUUCAUC